GUGCUCCUCCAGGCAGAGAUCGGCGGAGAGGUGCGCUGCCUAAUGGAGCUCAUCUCGUCGGCGCCCGACGGCUUCCAGGAGCUGGACUGCCUGCGCCCGCUGAGGUGCGCGCUGCUGGAGGGCGAGGACUGGCGGCAGGCCUGCCAGAGGCUCCUGCAGGAGCUGUUCGCGCUGGAGCCCGCGUGGCAGGGCAGACAGUUGCGACUCGAAGAGGUGAUCAGGACAAGGCAAGUGCCUGUGCAGCAGGGUCCCAGGGGCCUCGCGACCACUCUGGCACUCAGCAACAUCUUUGUGCUGAGCCUGGAGCCACUGCCCUCCUGA